AUGGGAUCGUCGACGGCCAUUAGAGAAUUACAACGCGAUCUUGAAAACAAAGCGAAUGAUCUUAGCAAACUCCAAAAAGAUAUUGCGAAGAAUCAUCAAGUCAGGAAAAAGUACACUAUCCAGCUUGGCGAGAAUGAGCUUGUCCUCAAGGAGUUGGACUUGCUGAAUGAAGGUGCAAAUGUUUACAAAUUGAUUGGUCCAGUACUUGUGAAGCAGGACUUGGCUGAAGCUAAUGCUAACGUGCGCAAGAGAAUCGAAUACAUCUCUGCCGAAUUGAAGCGACUUGAUGGAAAUCUUCAAGAUUUGGAAGAGAAACAAAACAGCAAGAAAGAUGCGAUCUUCAAGUUACAACAGAGGAUCCAAUCAUUCCAGGCUGGCAAAGCCAAGGCAUAA